UUCGAUUAGUCGAUACCCGAUACUGCCGCAAGUACAUAAAUUCUCUACGAGUCAGUUUUUGUUGAGAGAAAAGAAAAACUAGAAAGCAAGACGAUUUUGGAAUAAUUGCAAAGCCAAAAUGGAUGAGGAGACCACAGUCUCAAUACACACGGUAUGCCGCACGUGCUUAUCGAACCUAAAUAACGCUGCAGCCUUCGAUCUGUUUUUUGUCCCCGGCCUGGCCAAGAAAUUGUGUAUUUGCACUUCGUUGUCGGUGGAACAGCAGGAUGGUUACCCGAAAAAUCUUUGCACCACCUGCUACAACCGCCUCAACGAUCUGCAUGACUUUCAAAGGCAAUGUGUGGAGUCCGUCGAGAAAUUUAAGGAUUUGGUGGUCAACAGCUGUUUCCAGCAGACCACUGAGGACAAUUUCAAUGUGACGAAUGUGGCUGAAGAGGAUUUAGAUCGCAGUACCUUUGACCCAUUGCUGAAUAGCAAACUGGAAAUCGAGAAUGAAGAGGAUGUGUUUAAGAUGAUCGAAGAUGUGGACAAGGAGUCGGAGGAAGAUGAGCAGCAACAGGAGCAACCGGAAGAAUUCGAUGACUUUGACAAUGAUGACGAUGAAGGGGACGCAGAUUUUCAGGUUGAUAGCAGCGACUCACAGGACUCGGUGCCGCUCUCGCGACGCUUUGCAACUAAGGCAACUAAACAAACCAAGCCCAAGAACAAAAAGAAAAAGAAGGAAUCAUCUUCCUCGGCCAGCGACACGGAGGACGAGGAGGAAGAGGCUAAACCCAAAAAGAAACGCAAGCGUACGCCGGCCUCCGAAGUGGGCAGUCGCAGUCUGCUCCAAUGCCACAUUUGCCAGCAGAAGUUCAAGAUGGCUACGCGCUUUGAAGAGCACAUGAAAUUCCACAACGACAAGCUACCCUUCCAGUGUCCCGUGGAGACCUGCAAGAAGGGUUUCACCUCGACCACCGGGCAGCGUCAUCACAUGGAGCACACACAUCCGGAACUGUGUAAACUACACAAGUGCACUGUCGAGGGUUGCGACAAGGAAUUCCCACAGACUCGCAUGCUCACCCAACAUCUGCGCAAGGAACACAACAUUGCCAAACCCGAGAUACAUCCAUGCUCCGAGUGUGACAAGGUCUUCCGUUGUCCCACGGCACUCAAGAAGCACAUGUACAAGCAUACGGGCGAGGAGUUGCCCAUUUCGUGCAACAUCUGCGGCAAACGCUUCCACAUCAAUAGCGAACUUCGCGAUCAUUUGCUGCGCCAUGCUGGCGUCAAGAAUCAUGUGUGUCCGUAUUGUGGGGUGGGCAAGACAACCCGCCAGGAGUGGAACAAACACAUCUUGACACACACCAAGGAAAAGCAAUACCAUUGCCGGCAAUGCGACCAUUCGUCGCACAACAAGCAGGCGUUGUCGAAUCACGUUAAAGUGGUGCACAUGAAGAUCAAGAACUUCGCCUGCCAAUACUGUGGCAAGACCUUUGGCAAGUCGCAUGCCUGUAAGCUGCAUGAAAGAUUGCACACGGGAGAGAAUUGCAGUGAGUGCAAGAUCUGUGGCAAGGUCUUUCUCUUUGAAAAGCGUCUGACCAAGCAUCUCAAGACGCACGAGAAGCGCGAGGUUCCAGCAGCUGCCGGCGCAGCAAAGCCCAAAACUGAUGUGGAAGAUAAAAAGGACGAGAGCCAAGAGCCCGCCGAUGUCAAGCCGAUGCCUCCAUUACCAGCUAAGCCAAAGGCAUCGAAUCGCAUCGAGCGUGUGGACAUUUCUCAAUUGGCUGGCACCUCAGUCAAUCCCAUUCCGUCGGUCUCGGUGCCAUCCUGGUCGCCGCAAGUCAAUUUCACCAAGAAGGAGGGUCAGCACAUUUGUCCAGGCUGUGGCAAGGGCUUUAAUCACAUUGGCAACAUGAAACUCCACUAUAAGGUCGUGCAUGAAAAGAUCAAGGAUUUCGCCUGUCGCUAUUGCCCGAAGCGCUUUGGCAAAGCGCAAUAUCUUCAGCAUCACGAGUACACACACACCGGAGAGAAGCCGUAUGGCUGCAAGAUUUGCGACAGGCAUUUCAGUCAUGGCUCCUCAUUGAGGAAGCACAUGCAAUCGCAUAAUAAACCACCCAAGGAGCCGAAGCCUCCGAAACCACAACCCAAGUCCACAGAGCCGCCAACGCCGCGAGUAAAACUGAAUAGACAACCAACCAAGAUCUAUGAGCAGUAUCAGGAUCCAGCUGCCGAGCGAGCGGCUGCCAGAGCUGAACUCAUUGCCCAACAGCAGGACGAACAUGAGGUGAAACGCAAGGCUGCGGAAAAGACGCGCAAGAUUCAGGAGGCUGCUUGUGAGCAGUUGCAAGAAUUGCAGCAACAGCAGCUCAUCGACAAGAUCUCCAGCGACUGCUUCACCGAAGUGAACUAUGAAGAUGCACAGAAGGUUGAGGCCCUCAAAGAAGAUCCCGCUUAAGUUACAGCAAAUUCAUUAAUUUAUAAUUAUU